CCCGGCGGCGCUCCGAGGCGGGCCUUCCCCUCGGCCCUGGAGGCCGGCGCCGCCCACAGCGAGGGCGGCCUGGCGCGGGAUGGCGGCGGCGGCGGCCUGCUGGGGCCUCCGGGCUGGCGGGCGGCUGCUGGCGCGGCUCUUCCGUGGUCCGCGGCUGGCCGCGCUGCCGCCUCCCGCCCGGAGCCGAGGCCUGGGCGGCGGGGGCGGCGGGGGGCACGGGGCGGCCCAGCGCUACAGCCUGGCCUACACCUGCAAGGUGUGCGGGACGCGGGUGAGCCAGGCGGUGUCCAAGGCGGCCUACCAGCGCGGCGUCGUCAUCGCGACCUGCCCCGGCUGCCGGAGCCGCCACCUGAUCGCCGACAACCUCGGCUGGUUCUCGGACCUGGGCGGGAAGAGGAACAUUGAGGAGAUCCUUGCAGCCAAAGGGGAGACCGUGAAGUUCGGUGAUUCCUUGGAACUUUUCCUUGAUAACUCGGACUCAGUCGAAUCCCAAGGCCAGCCCUCAGAAGAUAGUGGAGGAAAAUCUUUGGGGCCUGGGAAAGAACUGAAGUGAAUGUGGAUUCUUCUGCUUUGGACAGAAAAACCUGUAUUUUCACAACAUGAAGAGAGGCUUUAUGGACGGCUUCUCAAUUCCAAUCUCUUCCAUCCUUUUCCCGCUGUUUCCUGCCUUUCCUUUUCAGUUGGAAAGUACGUAAUCUUAGCCAUGUAUGCGGUUUGAUUCUUCGGGAUUGCUGAUGGGGGUGUGAAUGGGAAAACAUAUGUGAAAUUCCUUGCAAGAGUAAGAGUAAUAAUACAAGAGGCUGGGGUAAGUGAUCACUUUAUGGGAUGCCUAAAGGCUCCUCACAGCUCCUGCUGCGAGGAUGUGCCUGUUAGGGGAACGUUUCCAAGAUAAAAGAAUUUCAGCAGCGGAACAGGCUGCUUGGCAGGCAAACUAUGGAAUCCAUUUUGAGUUCCUGCAUUUUUUCACGGCUUGGUGCUGAGCCAAGUGCUUUUAGAACUGGGUAAAGGAUGCCAGGGCUAGAACCGAGGGAGCUCUUUGGCUUGUGAAAGAUCUCUGUUGUGUUCCAGAUUGGAAUUGGUGAGUGCUGAGCCAGUGCAGGGCCUCCAUGCUUAUCAGCCAAGAGCUUUCCUAGCAGACAAACAGUUAAUGGUCCUUAGGAUUCUUAAUGCUUCUCAGGUACAACACAGACUUAAGGGGGAACUAGACUUCACCACAAUAAAAUGGGAGAACUCCCAAGUCACCAGUC